AUGGGUCCUUCCAAAAGCUCCAACCUCGGGCAGAUCAUCGAGUAUAUCCCAGACCGCCUGUAUCUCGCCUCGUACAUCCACCCUCCAAAUGAGGAUACUCUCUUCCCUUACCCAGAUGGGCCUGUGAAAUCGCCCACAAAGCGGUCGCAGAGAGCCGGCAACGGUCCCCAGGCAGUUCCCAAGUCCUCUUACAAGCAGCCCUACUACUUCACUGUAGACGACACUCUGCUCUACAACAACUUCCACCAUGACUUUGGCCCGCUCCACAUUGGGCACCUCUACAGAUUUGCCCUCCAAUUCCACGAGAUCCUAGGUGCAAAGGAGAACAAGGAUCGCCCUGUCGUGUUCUGGAGCAGAGCGGACCCAAGGAGUCGUGCCAAUGCCUCUGCACUGCUGGCUUGCUACAUGGUCCUGAUUCAAUCCUGGCCACCACAUCUGGCCCUGGCACCCAUUGCACAGGUCGACCCUCCAUUGAUGCCUUUCCGUGACGCCGGGUAUAGCCAGGCCGACUACGGCAUCACUGUUCAGGAUGUUGUCUACGGUGUGUGGAAAGCAAAGGAAGAGGGCGUCUGCGCCCUCGAGGACUUCGACCUGGACGAGUACGAGAGGUUCGAAAGGGUAGAGCACGGCGACUUCAACUGGAUCACCCCUAGCUUCCUGGCCUUCGCCUCCCCACAACACGAGCCGGUUGCGAAAAUCCCAGAGAACUCUGAACUCUGGGAAACCGUACCAAAGACCCUGGCCGCCGUCGACGCACAUCCGACACUGCCACAACCGUUCAAGAAUGUCCUCUCCCACUUCUCUGAGCGCAACAUUGGCCUGGUGGUGCGACUGAACUCGGCAUUGUACUCCCCAUCCUACUUCGAGGGCCUGGGCAUCCAGCACCUGGACAUGAUUUUCGAAGACGGCACCUGCCCAGCAAUGGGCACGGUGCGUAAGUUCAUCAGACUGGCGCACGAAAUGAUCACUGUCAGGAAGAAGGGCAUUGCUGUCCACUGCAAGGCAGGGCUCGGCCGCACAGGGUGCCUUAUCGGAGCCUACCUCAUCUACAGGUACGGCUUCACCGCCAACGAGGUCAUUGCAUACAUGCGAUUCAUGCGACCUGGAAUGGUCGUAGGACCGCAACAGCACUGGCUCCACCUCAACCAAGGUACCUUCCGGGAAUGGUGGGUUGAGGAGCGCAUCGAGAGGAAGCUGCGCAAGGAGAUGGCCGCCUCCAACCCUCAGCCAAGCACGCCCAUCCGCGCCAUGCAAAAAGCCAACAUUGGCCGCAGCGCUAGCAAGACCUCCACGCCUCCCAACCGCAGCCCCUCGAAUAGGACACCGCUGGGCGAGGUGGAUAACGAGAGGACAAAUGCUACAACGGACCAAGAGAACUACCUCCCAGCGCCCACCCCAGGGCAACCGCGAAAAACCCGCCAUCACCCGUAUAGUAGCCGCGGUGGUGCAUACCGGUCCAUUGAGGAGGAGAAUGGCAUCACACAGCAGCAGACUGAGAUCGUCUCCGUCCAACGGCAGUCGCCCGCCGAGUCUGACGAGGAGCUGCACCUGCGCAUGCGAGCGUCACGGAAGGUUUCCAACUCUCCCAACUCGGGCAAGUCACGUUCUGUUAGUCACACAACGACGACAACAACCUCGAUCUACACCUCGGUCAUUGACGACGCAUCCAACGACGUCGAGAACAUCGGCAGCUCACUUGGCCGGGUUAAAUCGGCCCAGACCUCGCCCAUGCGCGCUACUUCCGCGUCGGGCGUUCUGACAAAGGUCCGCGGUGGCAGCGGUGGCAAGCGAAACGGCGACAGUCUUCGAGGGUACCCCAGCGGCAAGGAGCCGGCCGGUGUGCGCAAGACGAGUGGCCGGGUCGGCAGUAUACACAACCACAGCCCAACAACCGCGGCGGCAAACACGGCGAGGAAGAUCUCCGGGGCGCUGUGA